AUGAAUCGUUCACAUUACCGACCACAAUCGUAUUCUAAACUUCUCACGAUAAUUGCCCGUAAGCGCCAUCCGCCCAAGGAGGUCACAGGUCAACCACCAGGUCUUGCGUCACUCCCACGGCGCCGGAGGUCAGAACUCCCGCUAAUGAGGCAGGUGAUCCAGCCUCAUCGUCGCCGCUACCAAACGCUUAUCAAACAUCCCGAGCGCUACCUCUCGCCCUGCGGGAUGGCAACCGAGGGCGGCCUCCUCCCCCGUCUUGAGCACUCCUUGUCAGUCUUGGUAGCUGCCGAGUCCAGGGAAGCCACGAUGGAGACACAUUCGAGCAUCGCCGGAAGUGAAGAGAGAAUGAAAUCGAGCGACCAUGAGCAGGAUCCGCCCUCCGCCACCAGGGACAGCACGAAGCCUAGCUCUCCGUCAGGAAAUCCGGACGAAGACGGAGUAGGGCGGCUGGAGAGGAACACGAAGGCGCGCCGAAUCACGCAGUACCUCGCAGCGACGGCAGCCUGCCUCGGCGCGACGUGUUCGGGCGCCGUCAUGGGUUUCUCCGCGCCGGCCGGUCCUCAGCUGAUCCAAAACGCGAGCGUCUCCUUGCACAACGACAGCAACGCCCUGAUGUUAACGAGACUCGAGUAUUCGUGGUUCUCGUCAUUGCCCAACCUGGCGGCAGCGGUGGUGGGGCCCCUCGCAGGCCUGGCCAUGAACAAGAUAGGCAGGCGCGGCACCAUGCUGGCGUCCGAUUGCACCAGAUUCGAUGGAGCUCGGACAUCAUAG